AUGACUGAUCAUUCUCAACAAACAAGGGAUAAGUACUUGAAAUCAUUGGUUAAGCAAGACAUUGCUUUCGAGGAGGAUAGGAAAUGGAAGCUCAACAUAUUGGACAAGUUUGUCCAAGAUCAAGCUAAUGCUUAUGCCUAUCAGAAGCAACAAGAUAAGGAAGCCUAA